AUGGCCCAAACCAACAAAAUCCGCGCGGCCCACGGUAUCAGUCCGCUGACUUGGGACGAUAAGCUGGAGCCCGAAAUGCAGAAGUGGGCCAAAAGUUGCCCUGGCUUUAAGCACGGCGGCCCCAAAGGCUCGCAAAACUUGGCGACCAACAAAGCGUGCAGUGGCGCGGCCUGCAUGAAGGUGGUGGGGGCAGCGUGGAUGUGGUACGACGAAGAAGAAAAGUCAUGGAACUACGAAAGCAACAAGUGCAACGGGAACUGGGCCAAGUGCGGCCACUUCACCAACAUGAUGAGUCCCGAAGCCAAGUCCAUGGCGUGCGGGUGGUCCGAAUGUGGCCGCGACAACAAUGUCUGGUGCAACUACAACAACCCCGGGAUGAACCCCAAGGUGGGCAAAAUCACGGGCAUGACCAAGGACGAGCUCAAGGCCAGCUUGACCCAAUAA